AUGCAGUUCUCAGCCGCUACCCUCGCCUUCUUCGUCAACCUCGCCCUGUCCGUGGCCGUCCCCGAAGCUGCGCCUGUCGGCAUGGUCCAGAAGCUCGACGCCCGAGAUGUUUCCGAGAAUCUGAUCUUCGGACGGUCAUUCCCAUGUGCCUCUAACAACCCAACCACCUGCUGUGCUUGCCGUGGCGGAUUCGGAACCUGUAUCAACGGCGUAUGCAGCUGCAACGGAGGUGACUGCUAA